AUGCGAUCCGUUCGCUUCCGUUCGCCGAAUUGACAUCUCAGCAGAUCUCAGCCAACCGGCGCGCCAGAGCGAGCUCGCCGCUGCCUUUGGCUCUCCUCUUCACACCCCACUCCGCCGUCGUCUCGAUUCGUCUUCCGGGACAAAUCCAACUUGCCCAGCGUGAAUACCCUCAACUUUCUCCUCGGGCGUUCCCCAACGCCAAACAAUUCGUCCGAGCCCACAUCCUCCGCCGACUCCAGCAAAGCCAGUGCAGCAACUCCCGGCGACUCGUGUGUGAAUCCGGCAGCCUCAGCGGCGACUGGCGACGUCACCGCCCCACCUAACUCGGGCACGCCGUCCUCCGUCCUCAAGCUGUCGUUCAACCGAUCCUCGUCCGGCAAGGGAGGAGGAGGUGGUGGUGGUAGUGGGGCAGGAUGGAAUCCCCAACGGGCCAAGAUCCAACUCAAGUUGGCCAUCCAACGAUUGCGCCUCAUGGCCGGCAGGAAGACCCAACUCGCCAAGACCACUCGCAGAGAGGUCAGUACCGCUCCCUAACCCAACGAUCGCCGUCACAGCUACGUGUUUCUAUACUAAUCCCACAACACAUUGCACCAAGAUCGCAUCCCUGCUCGAGAAGGGCAAGAUCGAGUCCGCCGGCAUCAAGGUGGGGCCUCAAAGCUCCGCCUCGUCCCAGGCACGCUGACUGACUCCACGACACUGAACCUUGCAGGUCGAAGGCGUGAUGGGCGAUGACUUGACAAUCGAACUACUCGAGAUGCUCGAGCUUUACUGCGAGCUGCUAUUGGCCCGCUUUGGCCUGUUGGAACAAGUCAAGUCCGUCGUUACUUGCUAGGUUAUCCCGCAGCUAGGACGGUUCUCACCGGAAACAAUCUUGUUUGUAAUACACAGGGAAAUUGAUCCUGGAGUGUCCGAAGCUGUGAUCGGCAUUAUCCACGCCGCGCCAAGGUCAGUUCGAGCAUUUGUGGGGCCCGAACGUUCCCUUCCCCAGCUCAGCCUCGAGUCCCCUCUGUCCAUGUCCACAGAACCGAGCUCAAAGAAUUGCAUGUAUUGCGAGACAUGCUUAUGGCCAAGGGAGGUAGAGAUUUUGCGAUUGCCUGUAUGGACAACACUGACAACUGUGUCCCCGAACGGGUCAGUGCGGAACAUAGCCCCGACGCGACCUCGAGCCUCACUGACCGUCGGCAUCCGUGCAGAUCACGUCCAAACUCAUUGUUGCGACUCCACCUCCGGAGCUUGUUGAUCUUUAUCUCUACGAAAUUGCCAAAGCUGUGAGUUGGGCCUUGAGUAAACGAUUUACCCACCUGAGACUAAGGUGGACAGGCUGUUUUGUCUAGUACUGCAUCGAUUGGCGCCCACAAGGUUUCCCCGACCCCAACCAACCUGUUGAAGCCGCUACACCUGCCGUGAGUAUAGAACAAUGUUUGAAUCACGAACACCCACUGACUGGCCUAUCCCGAAUGAGCUCGAGCAGAAUGCUCCCGUGCCGACCGCGCCUGCAAUCCCUUCCACGCCGACGAAAGCGCCCUUGUCCCUUCCACCCUUCGACAACGCCGCUGGAUUUCCUCAAACCCCUCCCGUCGACCCCUCAGCAGCCAAAGAUACCGUCAUUGUACGCACCAGCUUGCCAUCACCCGGGAUCGUACCCCCUGCUGCACCGCGAAUCGGAGCACCUGCUUUGAGGGCGACCCCUGCUGCACCGAAGAAUACCGAGGAGGAUGCGUUCGAGGUUUUGACGAAGAGAUUCGCAGAGCUGAAGAAGAGAUGA